UUACACACUCCAAGCCUAUGACCACAAACAUGGACUACAAAGUUCACCUAUCAUCUAGCAAUGUAGAUCACUUUCCAGAACCAGAGAAAUACAUAAGAUUGGUACUCAAACUUAUCUACGUCACUAGAACAAUACGAGACAUUAGUUUUAGCACCCAAUAUGUCAGCCAAUACAUGUAUAAUUGUAGCCACGCUCAGUAAAAUAUUUUCAUUCAAAUUCUCAUAUACGUCACGAGUCUAAGGAUGCACUUUCAAAUGGUCUCCUCUUAACCUCGCCUUCUCCACUUCAGCUGAAGGCCUUCAGUGACUCAGAUUGGCUUCCUACGUUGAUAGAAGGAGGUCAAUCACCUACUACUGUAUUUAAUUUGGUUUUCUCGAGUUUUAUGGAAGAGCAAGAAACAAAUCACCGUCUCCAGAUCCUCUUGUGAAGUAGAAUACAGUGCCUUUUCUUACACGACUUGUGAAUAGGGAUGGCAACAAAACCCGAACCCACGGGUACCCACCCGACCCAACCCGGUCAACGCGGGUAAAACCCGUGUUGACGGGUUUUGGGCCGGGUUCGGGUUUAAACCCGCUACACUAUUCACCGGGUCGGGUUGGGUUUGGGUUUAGGUAAACCCGCCCCAUGGGUACCCGCUCACACACAUAUAAUUACUUUCCCAUUAUAUUUAAUAUUCUAAAUAAUAUAUCUUCCUUAAAUAACUAAUAUUCUAUAUGUUUGUGGAGACAUGUAUAAUUUGUUCUUUCUAAUUGUUUAGAAUGAAGUUGAUAUUAUGAAGUGGAGAGUGAAGAAACUUAGUUGAUGAGGAAGAAACUUUCAAUUAAUCUUAUUGUUUAUAUAUGUUUAUCUUUAAUUUUGAACAAUUUGUAUUGAUCAUUUGCGGUUUGCUUGUAUGCUCUUUUUUGUAUGAUUAAUUUGUAUGAGAAAAUUGUUGUUAAACUUUUAUUUUGAAAGAAACUUGUUAUUGUAAAUUUUUACCACAAAAACCCACGGGUACCCAUGAACCCGCGGAUACCCAGCGGGUUGGGUUGGGUUUGAGUUUUUCAAACCCAACGGGUUUUAUCCCGGGUUUUUUUGACGAAUAAACCCAUGGGUUUGGGUUUGGGUUUGACAAAACCCGCCCCAACCCGACCCAUUGCCAUCCCUACUUGUGAAGUCUAGUGUCUCGUCUACCUUUCCACCUCACCCAUCCUCAACCAGCAAUACUUUACUAUGACAACCAAUAUGUCAUUUACAUUGUAGAGAAUCCAACAUUUUCACGAGCAGAUCAAACACAUCGAGCUCACAGACAUCUUCACCAAACCCCUGCCUCGGACGACCUUCAGCCAUCUGCCCUUCAAGCUUGGUAUGCUCAAUUUGUGCUCACCAGCUUGUCGGGAGGAGGUAUAAGUAAAGAUAGUAGAUAUUUGAAGAAGAUGAUUGUGGUCCAACGUUAUAAGCAACCGAAGCUAGAGUGACGUACUUUCUACCAAAAUGCAAAGGUAGUAGUUUUUCACGCCCAAUCCAACUUGACUCACGUCGUUGAAGAAGAUGACCGUUGGUCCCAACAUUAUAAGCAACCAAAACUAGAGUGACGUAGUUUCUACCAAAAUGCCAAAUAUACCCCCAAUGAUUUUGAUUUGCACAAUUUUUUCUUUCUCGGCUCGUACUCGCUUCACUUCCAAGUUUGUCUUCUCUAAAAUUGUAAAUCUGCUCUUACAACCACAAACUUCAACUAUAUAAGCUGAGAGAAGCAAUGAAGUCAACCAAAUUUCCUAAAGUUUACUCAACUACCUCCCCCUUGCUAAUAUGUCCCAACUCCCAUGGAAACUCAUUAAAUUUAUCCCCCUUGCUAAUAUGUCCAGCUCCCAUGGAAACUCAUUAAAUUCAAAUAGGAAAAAGUCAACUUUCUGUGUUCUUCUUUUUUUUUCUUCUAAUUGAUUGAUGUAGGAUAUUGUAGUUAUAUAUGGUAGGUUGCUGGAGCUUGAAUUAAUGAUAUCAACUCAAGAAACUUAGGUCGAGAAAAAUAAAACCAAUCAACUCUCUUUUUGUUUUGUUUUUGUUCUGGUCAUACAAAGCCUUACAAUAGAAAACAUAAUACCCCCUCGAUCAAAGCAGCCUCCCUCGUCGUGUGUGCUUCUGCGGUUUAAACUACAAUACUUAAAAGGAGCACAUGAAAUGCCAUGUACAUUAAACUAUACUCAACACAGAUAGUCAUUGUCUACUAUACCCGUCGUCUUGAUGGCGAUGCAAAAUUGACCGCUUGUACCCAUUUUCACCAUUUGUUUACUCCUGAUCUUAAAUAUAUAAACCAAACCAUAACCGGCUAAGCACAAAGCCUAAAACUCAUUCCACCCAAUUCUGAUCUUCGUCCCCGCCAAACUGCAAAUCGACAAUCCGCCAAAGAAAUCCCAUUCACAAAAGAACACCAGCAAAACCCGCAAACCCACCCACCUAAAGGAAAAGCCGAUUCCUUGACUGGUUUCGAAUUUGGGUUUCUCCGCUUCCUCUCUUGUUCAUUUCCUGCCGUCUUACAAGAGUUGGCCGAAUUCAAUCCGGUUUCGUCGGCAGUAAAAGGCAUCGGCUACAUCUUUCAUUGUUCCAUCAGGAUCCCACAAAACCGGCUGCCUUUGCUACUAAGGCCGCCCUAGCUCUCCCCUGCUCCGUUACCUUCAAUUCAACUAUUGAGGGAGAAAUGGGGAAGGCGGCGAAGCAGAGCAGAGUGAAGAAGGUGCUGAAAUUCCCGGUGAGAUUGCUUGUGAAAGCUAGGGACUUUUACGUGAACGGGAUGUCCCAAUUGGCCGACCAGAUGCGGUACAACGCCGUUGCCACCGUGGGCUGUCCAGCCCACAUCGGCUCGGCCGCACUACCUAGGAGUUUCAGCGCCGGCGGCGGAUCGACGAAUUCGAGGUCCGAUUACAGCGAGCUAAUCAGGGCGGCUUCCGUCAGGGAUCAUUUGGGGAACAAGAGUGUUUCUCAGAAACAGGGUCCGGCGGCAGCCGGUAAGGAUUUUUCAGGGAAGGGCAAAGUCAGGGGAGGCGCAGGGAAGGUACCCAGAAGCUGUAGCGUUGGUCUUGGAAGGAUUGAGGAGGAGAAGUCCGGCGAAUUGGGGGAAGAUUAUACUUCGAUUGGCAGUGGCGCUUUUCACAGAAGCAGAAGUUGCGCCGUUUCUGCCGCCGGCGGUGUACUCGCCGGGACAAGGACGGGUAAAUUCCAGAAGCCAGUGGCAAUUACAGCAGCUCUAGCCUAGCUGCUUUGGGGAGAAACUGCUUAGGUCUGUUAAUCAAAAGUCAGCAUAAUUGUACUCUGGGCUUGCUCUGUUCUUCCCCUGCGUCUCGGCUCUGUGAAAUUCUUUCAAUCCCGAAUCUCUGAUACAUCAAGGAAAAUACCCUUUUUCCCAUCUCUUUUUUGCCUCUGGCUGUACAAUAUACUGGUGUGUUUGGUGUCGAUUUUUGAGAGAGUUUUCUGUAAACUCGAAUUUCUUUGACUAUGAGUAUGCUGGUUUAACGGUGGGUUGUUUCCCAGAAUCCGACACGACCGUUGAAUUAGAAUCUGAAGAAACCGAUAAGUUGGAUCAAUGGAAAGUGUAUCUGUGGAUUUCUGCUGAUAAUAUAAUUACUGCCUCAGCCUUUUUCAUCAGUUGCUCCAGACUUUCUCCUCUUCCAUCGGCUUCUUCGAAUUAUUAGAGAACAAUAAAGGUUAUAUAUGAUGAAUUCCUACCACUUGGAAUGGGUUAGGUGAUUACUUGUUUUUUUAUAAUCACGGGUGGCAACCUCUUUAUAUACUAUUUGAUUAAUUAUUUUGUCUUCUUUUUUAAUCUUACGGUUAAGAUUCUUUUACGAUAAUUUUGGAAAGGGUUAUAGGUAUAAUAUGCCUCUCUAUUAUGACGUUUUAUCAAACAUGCCCCUCUACUAUUUUUUACAUCAAAUAUGCCCCUGUACUUUGAAAAAAUUAUCAAACAUGCCCUUCUGUUAAAAAUUCCAUUGAAAAAAUCUUCAAUCAUGGUUGAAUUGAGAUUUAGACGACCCGACAUCGACAAAUGGGAGGGAAAAUGUCAGUUUUGUCCCCUGUUUUAUUUCCUUUGGUCUUUUCAAAGUGAAAUUAUUUGAAUGAUUUGAUUAUACAAAAGAACCAAAAAGAUUCUAAAGUGAAUUUAUUAGGGAUAUUUUAGUCAUUUGUGUCGCCCAAACUAAAGUUCGGCGUUGAUUAAUGAUUUUUGGAUUAAAAUUUUAACAAAAGGGCAUGUUUGAUCAUUUUUACAAAGUACAGGGGCAUGUUUGAUGUAAAAAAUAGUAAAGGGACAUAUUUGAU